AGUUAGUCUUCUGUAUGACAGAUUCAGUAUGUCGAGUGAUUCAAAUUUUUUUUUAAUAUCAUUGUUGCAUGUGCAUGCAUUUUUAUUCUUAUUCGCAGGAAGUGUACAAUCAUCAUGUUCAUCUUGUGAUCUAAUGAUACAAUAAAUCAUCCAAAUAUACUUGAGUAUACUCUGCCUGUAACAAGUGGAUUUCAACAAAUUACAAAGUUACAGACUCAAACAUGGAUCCUGAGGAGGAAUCCCUGCAAAUGCACCUUUUGCACAGUUAUACUACAAAUUCUGCAAAAUCCCAAGCCAUAUACAAGCUGCUUUUAGAUUAUCUACGAACCAAGAAUUUCAGACACUUCAAGUGUCUCGUCGAGCAGAAUUUAAGAAAACAACCAUCCAUUAUUAAUAUAAACUAUGCUUAUCCAAAUCGAUCGAAUGAAACCUGCUUAGAUAUUGCCUGCAAGAAUGGUCUUCCGGAAUUCGUGAAAUUUCUGUUGGAAAAAGGGGCGAAGAUAAAUAGAGUGAACGAAAUCCAUAAUCGUGGACCGAUCCACUUUGCCACCGAAAAUGGCCAUACGGAUGUCCUUAGUAUAUUGUUGGAUGAAUCUACAAUAAAUCCAAAUCUGGAGGCUGGACAGCAAACGGCUCUGCACAUGGCGGUGAAGAAGAAUGACUUGAAUUGUGCGUUGCUACUUUUGGAAAAAGGCGCCAGUCCUAACAUUCCCAAUAACAAAGGUUUAACCGCAUUGCAUAUGGCUGGCAUGAAGGGUCAAAAAGACAUGGUGAAUCUAAUUCUGGAAAAAACUAGACACGCUCUUAAUUUGGAUAUUUACAAGGACUAUAACAAUCAAACGACUAGACAAGUGUUGGAGAAGAAGCUACCAAAUCUCCAAUUACCUCUUGUCGAAAAACGGGGCGUAAAUAUUCAUGACUUGAAGUACUAUUUAAACGCUAAUGACGAGAUCAAUUUUCUAAGAUGCUUGGAGAUGAUUCAAGACGACGUGGUGAAUGAUGAAGCGGAGGAUCUGAUUGAAAUGGCCGUGCAAAAGGACUUGAAGGAUGCGGUUGUUACAUUGCUGAAAAGAACAAGAGGAAUUGGAUGUAAUUUGGAAAAAGCUGCGAGUUUAGCAGUUCAACAAGGCUCACCAGAUAUCCUUCGUGAAUUAUUGGAGACUGAUGUUGAUGUUAACAAUUUGUUGUUGGAUGCUUGCUUAGAGCUUGGUAUACCGACUAAAGAAGGAUCGGGAUACAUGGAUAAUCGUUUAGAAUGUUUAAAUCUGAUCCUAGAAAGAGAAAAUGUGGAUGUUCGAUGCACAGAUAGCAAAGGAAAUACUCCACUUCAUUAUGCAGCCAGAGCUGAUUGUCGUGAGGCAGUGACACUGUUACUCGAGAAAGGAAGCUACAUUGGUCACAUGAAUAAUUUUGGUGUUCCACCAGUUGCCGAUAUUUCCGUAUCCACUCUAUCUCAAUACUUCGACAGCUGCAUACAAGCUAAGAAAGAACGAACAAACGAAUAUACAAUUGAAUUUGACUACAAAUGUUUAAUGCCUCACGAUAACUACAACGUCGCGAAAAAUACAAUUAAUCAACGGGAAAUGGACGUUUUUCGAUACAUUGCUAGUAACAGUGGCUUGAAACAUAUAUUGAAGCAUCCUCUGUUGUCUUCUUUUUUAUACCUAAAAUGACAUCGGAUAAGAUACAUCCUGUAUCUAAACUUCGCCUUUUACAUUUUGUUUUAUCUUCUAUUGAAUACGUACAUUCUGCAGAUCACUUACGUCGCGACAGAUUCGCAAAUAUCCGCGAAUUCGAGCGAAUCAGUCGAUAAAGAUAUGAAAGAAUCAACUUCCAUCUACGUUCUGCGAGUACUCACUGGUAUCACGACAGCGUUGCUUGCAUUCAGAGAGAUCCUUCAACUACUUUCAUCGCCGUGUCAUUACGUGUCCAGUUUAGAAAACUGGAUCGAAAUUGCGUUGAUAGUGCUAGGAUUCGUUAUGUUAAAUAAUGCAUCUACACAGGCUGCAGCUAUUACGAUAUUAUUAUCUGCCUGGGAGAUGGUGAUUUUAAUUGGCAAGCAUCCUCGAAUGUCCACUGGUAUUGAAAUGUUCAAAACAGUGUCUUUCAAUUUCGUGCGUUUUCUGCUGCUUUAUGCAUUUCUCAUCCUAGCCUUCGCAUUUGCUUUCUUCACACUCUUCAAGGAUGGAUCCGAUAGUAACUUUCCAGAUCCUGGACAUUCCCUGUUCAAAACGAUCAUCAUGCUCACUGGAGAAUUCGACGCUAAUGACAUUCCUUUCGUGUCGCAUCCGAUUCUCAGCCAUCUUGUCUUCAUUCUGUUUGUCUUCCUCAUCGCUAUAGUUUUGUUCAAUUUGCUAAACGGUUUGGCAGUCAGCGACACAGCAGAGAUUCUCGGAAAGGCGGAAUUAAUUGGACUAAUUUCUAGGAUACAAGUUCUUGCUUAUAUCGAAAAUCUGGCUGUUCAAGUACCUUUCAUAUACAGGACACAAUGUUCGAUUUGUUGCAGCUAUUUGCAUAGCUGGAGGUACAAUCCUUUAGCGUUUCUCGUUCAAAAAGUUCUUCUCUUCCCCAGUUACUUGAUUAAUGGUAAAUUGAGUGUAAAACCGUACGAUAUCUUGGAAGCAUAUGGAAACAAAUUGUAUCACAACGUCAAGUCCGACAAAGGCUCUAGAGAUAAAGUGUUUUCUAAUUUCAAAAUGGAUCCAUAUAUCACGAAACAGGCUAAAAAUAUUCUAACAGAAAGAGGUCGAGAAUCAGACAAUGAAAAAAUGUUCAGCAAAUUAGAGAAGUUGGAAAAAAGACUUGCGACAAUGGAAAUUAUUUUGGAUUCCAUCAAACAGAAGAUUGAGAAUAAUAAUUUUAAUCUUGAGGAAGCUGAUGGAAAUUAAAAUAUUUAUUCUUCCAGAUUUGUUAACUGUAACAACGAUUGAACAUGUUAAUUUUUUAGCUGUAACCAUAUUGAAAGAACUGUAUUUUUAUAUCUAUGUUACCA